UGGCCGCCAGAUGAUGCCCGAGACCGCGGCUCCGCGGGCAGUGCCCCGACAAGGUGGAGCCCGGCGAGCCCGCGAGUCCAACCAAAACCUGUCCCAGGAGCUCCAGCGCACGUGACCUGCCACUGCCUCCCGCCGCCUCCUGCCCGCGCCAUGACCCAGCCGGUGUCCCGGCUCUCCGUGCCCGCCGCGCUGGCCCUGGGCUCAGCCGCGCUGGGCGCCGCCUUCGCCACUGGCCUCUUCCUGGGGAGGCGGUGCCCCCCAUGGCGAGGCCGGCGACAGCAGUGCCUGCUUCCCCCCGAGGACAGCCCCCUGUGGCAGUAUCUUCUGAGCCGCUCCAUGCGGGAGCACCCGGCGCUGCGAAGCCUGAGGCUGCUGACCCUGGAGCAGCCGCAGGGGGAUUCCAUGAUGACCUGCGAGCAGGCCCAGCUCUUGGCCAACCUGGCGCGGCUCAUCCAGGCCAAGAAGGCGCUGGACCUGGGCACCUUCACGGGCUACUCCGCCCUGGCCCUGGCCCUGGCGCUGCCCGCGGACGGGCGCGUGGUGACCUGCGAGGUGGACGCGCAGCGCCCGGAGCUGGGACGGCCCCUGUGGAGGCAGGCCGAGGCGGAGCACAAGAUCGACCUCCGGCUGAAGCCCGCCCUGGAGACCCUGGACGAGCUGCUGGCGUUGGGCGAGGCCGGCACCUUCGACGUGGCCGUGGUGGAUGCAGACAAGGAGAACUGCGCCGCCUACUACGAGCGCUGCCUGCAGCUGCUGCGACCCGGAGGCAUCCUAGCCGUCCUCAGAUCUCCGGCUCUGGUCACCUCCCGCCCGGGCACCUCCCUCCGAGGCCCCGCCUCCCGCCUGGGCACCUCCCUCCGAGACCCCGCCUCCCUCCUGGGCACCUCCCUCCGAGGCCCCGCCUUCCGCCCGAGCACCUCCCUCCGAAGCCCUGCCUCCCACGGCCCGGUUGGCCCCGCCCCCCCGCAGGUCUUGUGGCGCGGGAAGGUGCUGCAACCUCCGAAAGGGGACGUGGCGGCCGAGUGUGUGCGAAACCUAAACGAACGCAUCCGGCGGGACGUCAGGGUCUACAUCAGCCUCCUGCCCCUGGGCGAUGGCCUCACCUUGGCCUUCAAGAUCUAGGGCUGGCCCCUAGUGAGUGGGCUCGAGGGAGGGUUGCCUGGGAACCCCAGGAAUUGACCCUGAGUUUUAAAUUCGAAAAUAAAGUGGGGCUGGGACACACGA